UUGGAUUAGAUGGGUGUACGGUACGCUCGGAAAUAUAUAACAAUAUAUUGUAAUUUGCAGAUUGAUUUAGGGUGAAGAUGGAGAAGUUUAGUGAAAGAGCUCACUGUUUCAGGUAUUGAACAAGGACUCACUGAAGUUUCUGGGUUGUAUACGGGCAUUUCAUGGGGAAGAAACGGUUCGCCAUUGUUGCCACUCUCUUGAGCUUUCUUUCAAUUGUUAUCGGUGAAAAGGUAACCUUCUCCAAUCUUUCUUUAUCAAAUAACACCAGCUAAUUUCCUUCAAAAUGCGGAGAACUUUUGCAAAUUUAAUUGUUAAGCAGUGCAAGAAUUCAAUUGGUUUCCCUACCCUCCAAAACUCAAUUUUUUAUUCUGUUUCUAGUUCUUUAUUUCGUAACGAUUCUUCGAUUUUCGGGUUUAGAUUGAUUUCCAAGCCAUAUUCUUCAAAGGGUUACUCUGAAUUUGGGAACCCAUUGAGAAAAUUUCACUCAACUGGAGUGUCCAAUGACUUUGUUAGUGAAGAUGAAAAGAGUUUAGUCUAUAAUAGUGUUGAUGGGUUGCAUAAAAUUAUUAUUGAAAAUGUGGGUUGUGAUAAGAAUAUGGAAAAAGCUGUUGAACAAGCUGGGAUUUCCUUGACAACUGAGUUGGUUAUAGAAACCCUUAAUAGGUUUCGGUUCGAUGAGAAAAUUGCUUUUAGGUUUUUCAUGUGGGCGGCUCGACAGGAGCAUUAUUACCAUGAAUACCAGACUUACAAUGAAAUGAUUAAUAUAUUAUCUUCUACAAAGUUCAAGGUUAAACAAUUUAGGAUUGUUUGUGAUGUGUUGGAUUACAUGAAAAGGAAUGAUAAAACGUUGAUACCCGUUGAAGUUCUCUUGACUAUUUUGAAAAAGUACACGGAAAAGCAUUUGAUGAAAGUCUUGACAUGUUCAAAGAAAAAGAGAGGAAUUAGGGUUAAAGUGCAGCCAGAGAUCAAGGCGCUUAACUUGCUACUUGAUGCUCUUUGCAAGUGUUGUUUGGUUGAGGAUGCAGAGAUUCUGUUCAAGAAGGUGAAGAAUAAGGUUCCUCCAGAUGCCAAUACUUUCAAUAUAUUGUUUUUUGGGUGGUGUAGGGCUAGAAACCCUUCUAGAGGAACGAAGAUUUUGGAGGAGAUGUGUAGCAUGGGUUUUAUUCCCGAUAGUUUUACCUAUAAUGCUGCAAUUGAAACGUAUUGUAAAGCAGGAAUGGUGACUGAGGCUGUUGGUUUAUUUGAGUUGAUGAAAAAAAAAUCCUCUAUCUCAUCUCCUCCUACAGCAAAGACUUAUGUAAUAAUGAUUUUGGCGCUUGCUAAGAAUGAUCAAGUGGAGGAGUGUUUUAGAGUAGUUGGGGAUAUGAUACAAAGCGGUUGUCUUCCUGAUGUUUCCACUUACAAGGAGUUGAUUGAAGGAAUGUGCUUAGCUGGAAAGGUGAAGGAAACAUACCAAUUUUUGGAAGAGAUGGAAAAGAAAGGGUAUCCAUCUGAUAUUGUCACAUAUAACUGCUUCCUCAAGGUUCUUUGUGAUAAUAGGAAGGCUGAUGAAGCAAUUCAGCUUUACCAGAGGAUGGUUGAUGUUGACUGUAUGCCCAGUGUACACACUUUUAAUGCGCUGCUGGAGAUGUUCUUUGCCAUGGGUGAUCCUGAGGGAGCGCUUGAGGCUUGGGAUGAAAUGGGCAAGAAAAAAUGUGAUCGAGAUGUCAAGACUUACUGUGUGAUGAUUGAAGGACUUUUUGAUUGUGACCAAAUUGAAAAUGCAUGUUUGUUUUUGGAUGAUGUUGUAAAUCAGAGAAUUAAGAUACCUUAUCUGAAGUUUGAUAUAUUUUUGAGGCAUCUGUCAAGGAUUGACGAUCUUCGUAGAAUUCAUAAACUUUCAGAGCAUAUGAAAAGGUUUUUCAAUCCUGCUAUGGCGAGACAUUUUGCACUAAGUCAAAAACAAAAGGCAUUGAGUUUUAGGAACAAAUGAACUUUUGAAAUUUAUUUGGAAUUCUAAAACCUCGUUAUGGCAUCAUGGUAUAGCCUAUAUCAAGAGCAAGCAAAUUGAGUGAUGGAGAAAGUAAAACACAUGCGAUCGCAUGUGUUGUAACAAUGUUUCUAGGACCAAAGGAGGUUUAUCAAUCAACUGCAUUAAAAUUAUGGUGCUUUAGCUUCUUGGAAUGAUUGUCUCCACUCUUGGAUGUACUAUAUUGACAUUGUAAUAUUUUAUAUAAAUCUUACAUCCUUACCGGCUUGAUUUCUGACUUGGUAUUACAAAAAAGAUUGGAGCAAUGAGUUUACUAUUCAUUACAUUGGAGAGUUACAAUAUUGCCAUGGUACAAAAACCACCUGAGCAGCUCUCUAGAAGGGACUUCAUGAAUUACAAUUUUAUUGCUGCCCAGGUAAGUAUUUGUUUUUAUUUGAUUCAUGUACUGUAGCCUCCUCCCGCUCCUUCUCGUAAAAGGGUCUCUUUCUAAUGUUCUGUUCCCAGUUCUCACUUGCAUUGCAUGUACUUUGUAUAUUGUUUAGCAUCAAGGACUUAACCUCAUGCAUGACACUAUCACUUACUCCAUUAUUCUGUACAUACCCACCAGUAAUUAUACAACAAUUAAGAGUGGGUAGGGUGUUUAUUGUGUGUGAUAAUGUUUCCUUUCCUUUUAGAUUUCACAUCCCUCUUGAAAUCAUUGAAAGUUUUUCUUGGAAAAGUAUACUAGUAAUAUGAUCACAUGAACUAAUGAAAAAUGAUAUGUUUGGACAAAUGAAGUAAUGGAUAAAUGAAAGAGGAGAAGGUAUGAGCUAAGUAAAUGAUUAACUGUAGUGAAGAAGCUGUAUUGAGGGAGAAAUAAAUUUAUUUAAAGCCAAAUAUAUAUAUGCUUUUAUACUAUUUACAUGUGAGAAGCUUUCCUUCUUUGUCUUGUCAGGCUUUUCUUUUAAAUGAUUUUACUAAAACAUAAUAUUCGGUUUACUGGUUUACAUCCUUAAAUCAUGGUUGGUGUACAUUGCUUCCAGUACUUUAUUUAGAUCUAGAUAAAGUAAUAUCGGAAAGAAGAAAGAAA